UGCCCCCAGCAGCGACUUCCUCUUUUCAGCCCUUUUAAGGCCCAGCCCGGGGUUGCCCCGCGAAGUGGGGCCGCACGCAGCCGCGCCAUGGAGGACACCUUCAUCCGCCACAUCGCCCUCCUGGGCUUCGAGAAGCGCUUCGUCCCCAGCCAGCACUACGUGUACAUGUUCCUGGUGAAGUGGCAGGACCUGUCCGAGAAGGUGGUCUACCGGCGGUUCACGGAGAUCUAUGAGUUCCAUAAAACUUUAAAGGAAAUGUUCCCUAUUGAGGCGGGGGACAUCAACUCAGAGAACAGAAUCAUCCCCCACCUGCCAGCACCGAGGUGGUUUGAUGGGCAGCGGACCACGGAGAGCCGCCAGGGCACACUCACGGAGUACUGCAAUACACUCAUGGGCCUGCCGGUCAAGAUCUCCCGCUGCCCGCACCUCCUCGAGUUCUUCAAGGUGCGCCCCGAUGACCUGAAGCUCCCCACGGACAGCCAGGUGAAAAAGCCAGAGACAUACCUGGUACCUAAAGAUGGCAAGACUAAUGUUGCAGACAUCACCGGCCCCAUCAUCCUGCAAACGUACCGGGCCAUUGCUGACUACGAGAAGAGCUCGGGCUCUGAGAUGGCUCUGGCCAUGGGCGAUGUGGUGGACGUCGUGGAGAAGGGCGAGAGCGGCUGGUGGUUCUGCCAAAUGAAGACAAAGCGAGGCUGGGUCCCAGCCUCCUACUUGGAGCCCCUGGACAGCCCUGAUGAGGCAGAGGACCCAGAGCCCAACUAUGCAGGUGAGCCCUAUGUCGCCAUCAAAGCCUACACUGCUGCAAUGGAGGACGAGGUGUCCCUCAAGCAGGGUGAAACCAUCGAGGUCAUUCAUAAGCUCUUGGACGGCUGGUGGGUCAUCAGGAAAGACGACGUCACGGGCUACUUCCCGUCCAUGUACCUGCAGAAGGCAGGAGAGGACAUAACCCAGGCCCAACGCCAGAUCAAGAACCGAGGGGCGCCGCCCCGUAGGUCGUCCAUUCGCAACGCGCACAGCAUCCACCAGCAAUCUCGAAAGCGCCUCAGCCAGGACACCUAUCGGCGCAACAGCGUCCGCUUUUUGCAGCAGCGCCGCCGCCAGGUGCGGCCGGGUCCGCAGAGCGCAGGGAGCCGGCUAGCGGAGGAGCCGGAGACUCAGCGCCCUAAGCCGCAGCCGGCUGUACCCCCACGGCCCAGUGCAGACCUCAUCCUGAAUCGCUGCAGCGACAGCACGAAGCGGAAGCUGGCUUCCGCCGUCUGAGGACCGGGUACCGCCCCCAGAUGGCGCUCAGGCCCCUCUGCCACCUCUGGCCCGGAUCCCUGUACUGUAUAUGUUACUAGAGUCUGAGGUCUGGAUGCUUAGGGCAGCUCUGGGCAUCGCCCUAGCUAGCUACCCUCCACCCUCAAUAAAUGUUGCUUGGAGUGGACAGAAGCUCUGCAGAGACACGAAGGGUGUUGGGCUACAAUUAGAACAUGGCUGUGAGCUCUGCUGGGGUGGGGGGUGAGGGGAAGUUGCAAGAGCCAAGGUCUGACUGCAUACUGACCUGGCCUUGGCCAAUAUCAAGUUUGCAUAAGGUCAAAUGCAAGAGGAACUUCUGGACCCCAACUGCCUUCUCAUACUCUGGCCCCACUGCAGAACAGUCCUGAAUUUGGACACAGUACACAGUGAAGGGGGCCAGAGCAGUUUGUGACUUCGUGUGUGCACCUUAGUUGACAAAAAAUUGUAACUUACGUAUAGGGAGGAGGUGUCUCUGAUUCUUCACCGAGAGCUGGUACAGUUAGGAGGCUGUCCCAGAAAGCAAAUGUUCAGAUGAACAGAUCCUAACCACUUGCCCCGGCAUUACCGCCAGCCUAUGGCCUCAAAGGUUUUGCUGGUGGGUCUUUCUCAAAAUGCAAAGACUCUAAGGUGCACACUGGAGCUGCAAAUCUUGCAAAGAUGCAACGUGUACAAAGGCCAUGGGUGACAUGAAGAGCUGUGCUCCUGUGGGUGAGCGGCUACCUGGGGAUAGGCAAGGCUGGUCCCUUAGAGAUCAGAGGAAAGUGGGAAGGGGACAGGUGCUUCUCAAGAGACUAAGUGAUCAUCAAACAAUUGAGAGAGGCCUUGAGAAAACGACCGGGCCCUUCUUUUGCUUUUUUGCAGGCUCCUGUUUGCUGGAAGAGUCCAAUUUCAGGGACUGUCAUGAAAACCUGUGGAAAAAUUAACCACAGGCACCCCAACCUUUUAGCUUGUUCUUGUAAUUAUAACUUAAAAAAAUUAAACACAGUAUAAGAUAAA